AUGCUGUUGCGGACAUUCUCGGCUAUGGACAGCAAUAACUUCCGGGAUAGUGUAGGAGCUGGGGAGCGCGAAGCGCGUGUAUUUUCUUCUCUAGUGGCUCGUCGUCAUUUUGGCUUGGCGCACGGUGUGGGGAGAUCAGAAGACCUGGCGGCAGUGCAGCCCAAAGCUGCUGGCUUGUCGCUCAUGGUGCAGCUGGCCAACGCUUUAGCUAAGGACGUGUUGCGUCUUGCUGGAAUGAGAGCAGUGCAAGCAGCGCUGGUGCUACCUGUCGCAACAGAAAUCUUGCUUCAAGUCCAUUUCGGCGGCUGGACUCAUACCACUAGUGCUACAAAACAUUCUAGUGAAAGAGAAUGGGAAGUGUGCACGACGAGCUGCUUUGCUCCACGAGCAUAUGACCGUGUGAAGGAGAUUGCUGAGCAUUGCCAGAAGCGAGAAAUUGCACACGUGAUAAAUAACGUGUACGGCGUCCAGGUGUCCGCUUGCGUUCACCAGACAGAAAUGGCUAUGCGCACUGGGCGCGCCACCCCCACGCUCGACUUUUUUAUCACUAUGCUUCAAAUGGGGAAGAAUGAGUAUAAGCGGCUGCUUGAAGAGCGCAAGCACCUUGCAGCUUAUAUGCGUGAGAAGCUUGAGGCCUUAGCAUUCGAGGAGGGUGAGCGCGUGAUACCAGUUUUCAGCAAUGAGAUCUCUUUCGCACUGACUUUAGCGACAUUCUGUUCGGAAGUCGAAGAUAGACAAGAGAAGUCGCGUCGGCUGACAAUACUUGGUGCAAUGCUAUUUUCACGCAGAGUAUCUGGCGCUAGUGGUGGUCCAGGGUAG